AUGAAGGCUUCCGUCGCUGCUUCUAUCUUGGCUCUUGCCACCUCCGCCUCCGCCAGCCCCUCCUACAAGGCGCCCAACAACUUCUUCAGCCUUAACAAGCGCGCCGCUCUUCCCAUCCCUGCCUCCAAGGGCACUGUAACAUUCACCGCGCCCAAGCAAAUCAAUGGCAGCUUCGACGGUGGCCUCAAGACCUACGGCCGCGGUGUUAGCUGCACUGGUCAGGCUGAGGGCGGCGACUCUGAUGCCGUAUUCUCGCUUGCCGACGGUGCCACUCUCAGCAACGUCAUCAUUGGCGAGGACCAGAUCGAGGGUAUUCAUUGCCAGGGCUCUUGCACACUCAAGAAUGUGUGGUGGGCCGCAGUCUGCGAGGAUGCUCUCACCCUGAAGAAGGACGGUGACGCGACCAUCACCGGUGGAGGUGCUACUGGCGCUGAGGAUAAGGUCAUCCAGCACAACGGUGCCGGUACAGUUACCAUUGAUGGCUUCCAGGUCGCCGACUUCGGCAAGCUCUACCGCUCCUGCGGAAACUGCAAGCAGAGCGCCGAGCGUCACGUUGUCGUCAAGAACGUCAAAGCCUCCAACGGUAAGCUUCUUGUCGGCAUCAACCCCAACUUCGGCGACACUGCCACCAUCGACGGCACCACAUGCGCUAGCUCCGUCAAGGAGAUCUGCGAGGAGUUCCAGGGAACCACCCAAGGCAACGAGCCCAAGUCCGUCUCCACCGGCGCUACCGACACCUGCAAGUUCAGUCCCAUUGCUUCUUGCUAA